UGAAUUAAAGUCAUAGGCGAAGCAAAGCAAAACAAAAGCAUUGUUGUUUGGUGCUAAGAGCAAGGGUACUCAUUAGACAAAGGUACCCCAGAGAAAAACAACAAUGAGAGGAGUUUCUUUCUGCCUUGUGUUCUCCUUGUGUUUCUUGCUCUUGGGUUUUGUCCAAGCCAGUCCUAACUACAAGGAUGCCUUGGCAAAAUCCAUUUUGUUCUUUCAAGGUCAGAAGUCUGGGAGGCUCCCUGCUUCCCAAGAAAUCACUUGGAGGUCCAUUUCUGGCCUCGCUGAUGGCUUACUUGCCCAUGUGGAUUUAACUGGAGGCUAUUAUGAUGCCGGAGACAAUGUGAAAUUUAACUUCCCAAUGGCCUUCACUACUACAAUGCUUUCAUGGGGUACCCUUGAAUAUGGCAGAAGAAUGGGCCCUGAACUCCAAAAUGCAAGGGCUGCAAUCCGUUGGGCUACAGAUUAUCUUCUGAAAUGCGCCACAGCCACCCCUGGAAAACUCUAUGUUGGUGUAGGUGAUCCUAAUGUUGAUCAUAAAUGCUGGGAGAGGCCUGAGGACAUGGACACUGUCCGUACAGUGUACGCGGUGUCUCCAAGCAACCCUGGCUCUGAUGUUGCAGGUGAAACUGCUGCUGCUCUAGCUGCUGCUUCCAUGGUUUUUCGGAGAGCUGAUCCAGCAUACUCCAGGUUGCUAUUGAGCACUGCUAAGAAGGUUAUGCAAUUUGCAUUGCAAUAUCAGGGUGCUUAUAGUGAUUCACUUGGAUCAGCUGUUUGCCCUUUUUAUUGCUCAUAUUCUGGCUAUAAGGAUGAGCUGCUAUGGGGAGCGGCAUGGCUGUUCAGGGCAACAAAUCAAAUGUACUACUACAAUCUGUUGAAAUCCUUGGGAGCUGAUGACCAACCAGACCUUUUCAGCUGGGACAAUAAGUAUGCUGGCGCUCAUGUGCUCUUGUCAAGGAGGGCUCUGCUCAACAAUGACAAGAAUUUUGAGCAGUACAAAGAAGAAGCUGAAAAUUUCAUAUGCAAGAUCUUACCCAACUCUCCCUCUAGUUCUACACAAUACACACAAGGGGGACUCAUGUACAAGCUACCUGAAAGUAACCUUCAAUAUGUAACAUCCAUAACAUUUUUGCUCACGACAUAUGCCAAGUACAUGAGAGCAACAAAGCACACCUUCAACUGUGGCAAUCUCUUUGUCACCCCUAAUUCCAUCUUAUAUGUAGCAAAAAGACAGGUAGACUACAUCCUUGGGGUGAACCCAAUAAAAAUGUCAUAUAUGGUAGGAUUUGGGCCAUAUUAUCCAAAGAGAAUUCACCACAGGGGAUCUUCAUUGCCAUCUCUAGCAAGACACCCACAAGCUAUAGGUUGUGAUGGAGGUUUCCAGCCCUUCUACUAUUCAGCAAACCCUAACCCUAACAUCUUAAUCGGAGCCAUCGUCGGCGGCCCGAACCAGAAUGAUGGGUACUCAGAUGAUCGAUCUGACUAUAGUCACUCAGAGCCUGCAACAUAUAUCAAUGCUGCUAUAGUUGGUCCUUUGGCAUUUUUUGCUGGGAGCUAUAGCAACUAAUGGAAAUCCCUUGCUAGAUAGUUAAUGUUGUAAAUAUUUCCCAAUGCUUAGCCCCCAAAUGGGGUCUUUGCCAUUGCCACCCAAAACUAGGGUGAAGUAAGUCUACUUUGUUUUGAUUAUUAUUUCAAAAUCUGCAGUGUCUGUAGGAAUUUAGGAUAACAGCUUAGCCUAAGCUGCUUAGGCAUCCUAAAUUCAAUUUCUGCUAGAGCACAUGUUCGGAGUCUCGUGACGAUUAGGUAAUGGGAGAGUCUCUCAUUGUGUAAUCUAAAUUUUCAUAUGCCUCCUGAAAAUCCAA